UGCGGGCGCGCGGGGGGGCAGAAGUCGUCGCAGGUGCUUGCUUUUGUUUGCUUCGUUUCUUCCCUUGCAACUGGGGGAUGCUGGCAGCUUGACUCUGCCUGAGCCGACGCCGCGCCCGGGACGCGAAUGAAGAAACUCCUUCUCCUGCUCUUCAACUAUCGGGGACUCACGCGAGGCGGGGGACGCAAGGGGAAACGCCGCCGAAAAUGGCCUCAUUCCAUAUCCGAGCUGCGCGGCCCGAAGACUGCGCCGACCUGCUGCGCCUCAUAAAGGAGCUUGCUAAAUAUGAAGAAAUGGAGGAUCAAGUAGUACUGACUGAAAAAGAUCUGCUUGAGGAUGGCUUUGGAGAACACCCUUUCUAUCAGUGUCUUGUUGCAGAAGUGCCAAAAGAACACUGGACAGCUGAAGGACAUGGAAUCGUGGGCUUUGCCAUGUAUUACUUUACUUAUGACCCAUGGAUUGGAAAACUGCUAUAUCUUGAAGAUUUCUUUGUGAUGAAUGAAUUCAGAGGCUUGGGCAUUGGAUCAGAAAUUCUAAAGCAUCUGAGUAAGACGGCAGUCAGAUGUCGUUGCAGCAGUAUGCACUUCCUAGUGGCAGAAUGGAAUGAACCGUCUAUCAGGUUCUACAAGAGACGUGGUGCUUCUGACCUGUCAUCUGAAGAAGGAUGGAGACUCUUCAAAAUAGACAAGGAGUAUUUGAUAAAGAUGGCAACUGAAGAGUGAGAAGUUUUGCCAGGACAAUACCAAAUUUCAUUCAUUAACUUCUUUUUGACUGUAGUCUUCCUUCCAUUUCUUGCUUUUCAUCCACUUUAUAUUGAAAUAGUUGGAUUCCUAAUUCAAAUGCUUUAUUGCCAAUAGCAUAAAUGCAACCUGUAAUUUUGCAACUUUAGUCCCACAAACAAACAGUUAUGGAAUUGAUUUGCCUUUCUCCUUCCUCUCAUCAGUACACCUGUGAUCUUAAAAUGUAUAUUGUAUAGAACUUCAUUCUUGUAAGUGUCAUUCAAAUGUGUACAGUGUACACACUGGUAGAACAUUUGUUUUUAAUUAUGUGUGCUCAUUAAAAAUAAACAUUCAUGGUAGUGACAA